GCCAAGUGGACGGAAACUUGGUCCGCCGAUACAAUUUGGGCCGACCGUACACGGAUGGCUCGCAGUUAGUCUUAUAUACGGUCCGCUCAAUCUUGGUCUGCUCAAACCGUUCAUUCACAGUAUAAUUUCGCGACCGGACCAAGACUGAGCGGUGGUUCCCUAGUGUGGAGGAAAAUACUUCUGAAUAAUUCAUUAUUCGAUGUUGUACUCUGCGUUGCUACAGCAUGCUUUAUCGUGGUGUCUUUUAUCGAGCUGUCUGGCAUCCGAGGUGAUUGACUGGUUGCGGUCUAUGGGAGGGACCGCUCAAGGGCUGCAGUUGGCGGACUUCGCGGAUAUGGGUCGGGGUUUGAGAUGCGGGGAACGUGUUUUGGCUGAAUCUGUCGUUCUAGAUGUACCACAAGAGCUUUUUUUUAGCGGAGAUAGCGGUAACGCACUGGCUUCAUCAUUUGGGGCGGAUAUCCUGCUAAGUGACAGCGAGGCGAUUGCGUUCCAAUUGUUGGUAGAGCGCGCAAAAGGUCAACAGAGUACAUGGGCUCCAUACCUCGACAUUUUACCAAGGUCUGCCGUGUUGACACCCAAGGCGUUCAGUAAGUCAGGCUUCGAAGCUCUGCAAGAUAGCCUGUUCGUAGAAACAAAUCUACAGUCUCACGGACUGACAGGUGUAUCUGCUCCAGGGGUCCGCGGGAGCCUCAACCUUGCCGUCCGAAAAGCCUGUGGGGCAUCAGAAGUUUCCAAUCUCGGGGCAUGCAUCGAGGCACAUACUUCCAGUAAAGCAUGGGCAUGGGCUCUUUCUAUCAUCGACUCGCGCGCACUUACAUUUAAAGGUGCACGCCACUUGAUCCCAGUUGCAGAUCUCGUGAACUACAAACCUCACCCACAUGCCUCAACUCGACGAUUUGCUUCUGGCGAUUUUUUCCUCCAGCACCAUAAAUUGACGCCCACUAGUAUUAAGACGCUCAGUGACCGUACGUGUGAGCUGGGGGCGCAGUUUUUUGAGGAUUAUGGUGACAAUCCCACGACAAUUUAUGUUGAGCACCACGGGUUCGUACCCAAGGAGGUGAACCCAUUUGAUUGUGUGCCCGUUUCUCUCCCGGCACUCAAUCAUGACUCAAAUGAGCAUGCGAAUCGGCGAAUCGAUAUGCUCAAAGCUCUUGGCGUGCGUAGCAUGCCACCCUCAUGCUUCAAAGCAUCGCUCGACGAGAUCGAUCCAAACCUGCGGUAUUUCUUGUGGGCCAACCUUCGCCAGACUGCGAUCUCCAGUUUGUUGGAUGUCGUCUCAAAUCACCCCCUAACUCAAACGACGAGCAUGGAGGAUGAUACACGCACGCUAUCAAAUGGUGGUUUGAGCAGAGAUGUGUCUCUUGCUGUGCAGUUCCGUCGUUCUCGCAAGGCGCUUCUUAGCCAGCUUGUGUAUGAAGCCGAAGGGGUGCUCGAUGCAAAUUCGAAGCCCAACUACCAGUCGAGCAUGCCAAAAGAGGUAUCCGUAGCUGCAACUUGGAAUCUUGUUCUUUCGCAGAAUGGGACCCUCCUGCACCCGCUCGGGUUGCGAGUCCAGGCCUUCAACAGCUGGGCGAAGUCGAUGAACUGGCCACAGCUUCACAUUCAGGCAGCGGUACUUUCAUCUCACGGUGGUCGCGUUGGCACGAUAGCCACCAAAGCUUUAUACAAGCGUGACGUCUACAUUGAGAUUCCCGAAAGCAGUUGUCUCGGGAUCAAGGCAGCUCGACGCGCGCUUGGCGCAGCUGCAUUAUAUAUGGACGACUUCCAGGCGCUCAUCUUCCUCCUAUUGAAGAACGUACUCGCAAAUGUCGGGAAUGACCCCGGGACCGCAGAUGCAAAUGAAAACAUAUUUGCCCCCUACCUUGCAAAUGUCUGUGUGGUAGGAAACAUUAAUUUGGCACUGCUGCCGGGUGUGGACCAAGUAGUGACAGCAGCGCUUGGUCUUAAGCCGAACAAGAAGGUAGACACAUCCCUACUGCCCCCCUUACUUUGGGCAGAAACGGCAGAAGAAGCGCGUGCUCUUGCAAUCGCAAGGCUCCAAGGCUCUGCACUCUCGGAGUCAGUUGCUUCGACCCGUCGAUCUUACGAGGCAGUAAUUGAGCGUGUGGGGAUGGAGUCCCUUUCCAAGGUGAUCCCUCGCGCAGAAAUAGCUCUGAGUUGGUUUGCCUUCCGCUGGGCAGCUCAAACUCUGGAUAGUCGCGCAAUUUGGUGGAAUGGACAGCGGCACUUGGUCCCCAUGCUUGAUCUCGUCAAUGCAGCGGAUGCCAGCGAGAUGCCAAGGACCGCGACAGUUCACAAGACCUCUGCGAGUCUGCACCGUGCUGAGCCAACUGCUGUCACGCCCGCAGCCUGGAAAUUUGAAUCGGGGGAUCAGCUUCUCGAAGAUUAUGGCCAACCAAAUCAUGUUCUUUUUCUGCCUCAACCAGCGCGCACUGGCGGGCAAUACUCAUCUACACUGGUGCUAAUAGUGCACAUGUUGAUAGGUACGUCUGAGCUCUUAAUUAACGGCUCGCCAGAAUUCGACGUGAUAAAACAGCGGCUCAUAUCCUUCGGCUUUCGGAGACUUGAUUACACAGCCUGUGUCACGGCUAGCUCCCGCCAGCUUACUAGGGUGUACCAAUUCAUUGCUAUCAAAUAUGGUCUACCUCAUGUCAUCCCCAACGUGGACACUGAAACUUACCUCGCUCUCUUGGGUGAAGUGGAAGACAGACUCCUUUGGCAUGGUAUGGCAGGCCAUAGCUGGACGAUUGUACUCUCAGGGCAAGAGCUUGCCAUGUCUCCACAAAGCAAAUAG